UACAGCACUAUUGUUCUCUGCAACUACCAAUGAUCUGUCUGUAUAUGAAGCAUUAAAGUUGUUUCACUGCUGACCACUCGAUCGUAUUUCGGUCUUUUUUUUUCCUUCCUCAGCUCGUCGCCAGUGAUGUAGUGUCUCCCCUACGAUGUCGGAACACUUCACAGUCAUUCAAGAAAAGGAAGGGAGUUCUUUGGACCACGACAAGCGUUGAUUCAUGGCGUACGAUUAACAUUUUAUGCACCCAACAUUGAUAAAGACUUUGAGAGGGACUUGAGUCGUUUUGAAACCCGAUCAGAGGAUAUUUAUGUGGUUAGUUUCCCAAAAUCAGGUAAGGCUAUAGACUGAGAUUGGAUCACAUUAAUUGUGGCAAGUUAAACGCGGUUAAAGUUUUAAGCAGCCAACAACUAUGCAUGUAAUCUUUCGCCGUCCUGGGUGAGAAGCUCGCAUAUGUUUACAACCGAGCAAAUAAAUGCGUGCAAAGAAAACCAAUUUCCAUAAUUGAUCAAAUAAGUGCGUGAAACUGACUGAGUGCUUACAAACCUCUAUAGGAUCGUACAUCAUAGAAUGGUCGCGUGGUCCGAAUGGGUAACAACAGUCACGGCCAUAGUAAGUUUAUCAGAAGGGCUAAGUUUCUAAAGAAAUUGUCGUGCUGCGUCAGUGAGGGGUAUAACAGAAUAAUUUGGUUUUAUCAACUGAGUUGAUAAUGUAAAUUGGCCAUCGUAAGGAGUUUAUAGAGCUGCCGUUUCAAAAGUUAGCCCUUCGCUCGAACGAAGGAAUCAGCUUUACGAUUAACAAUUAACACGUCCAGCAUUGAUAAGGAUAUUAAGAGGAAUUUGCGUCGUUUUGAAACCUGUUCAGACGAUAUCUAUGUGGUCAGUUUUCCAAAAUCAGGUAAGGCUGUAGAUCGAUCCUUUCGAUAGGCCACUUUGCUUCACUUCGUCGCCAAUUUCUUUUACAGUGCAGUCUUUUGAGUGCUGAUUUAUUUGCUAAUAGGGACAACUUCGGCAAAAAAAUAGAAAUUUUGUCUACAAGACGUCCGCAAUUUUUGAAUCAUUGUUUGGUUGCCAUGUGAACUUUAAUAUAUUUUACAUGGUUUAGCCAUUUUAAACCGCGUGAACUCAUAACUUAAAAGGUCCUUAGGGAGAGUAAGUAAAACAGCUUAAUUUUUACAGCAAACCAAAUCACUCCGUAUAAUUGAUAGAGUAGCUCAUGUUUACAACUGACCAAAUUAGCGCGUGCAAGAAAUGCAAACCGCGGACAACGAGAUCUGAACUAAACUUUCUUUCCUUUUUUCAGGAACAACCUGGGUGCAAGAAAUUGUCUGGCAAAUAUUCAACGAUGGAAAAAUCAGCGAAGAAAGGAUGGAAAGUCGCCAUCCCUUUUUGGAAAAAAAUCAGCUUUUCGAUAGGCCUAGAGACGAGUCAGACGGACAGAAGGUCUCCGUGACUUCUCGGCCCAGUCCCCGCUUAAUUAGGUCACAUCUUCCUUACCAUGUGAUUCCGAUGAGUAAAGAGGAGAGCAAAAAAGAAGCAAGUAUAUUUACGUGGCAAGAAAUCCAAGAGACGUUGCUGUUUCAUAUUAUCACUUUGUCCUAAGCUUUGGCCCUAGCAGUUACUUUAAUGGGACGUGGGAGUUCUUUGUAAAGUUGUUUCUUGAGGGCAAAAGUAAGGAUUUUUAUUCGUUGGAAAUAGUUUUCGCUGUAAGCUAAGCGGAAGUUUGACGGCAUUGCGAGCUCGCCUCCUACUAUCUCUGCAAGUUCGCCACUUGAGUAAAAAAACAAGCUCGCUCCCUCUGCCUCAAGAAAACGUGUUGAACGAUUUAGUUUCUGAAGAAACUGUGGGGCUGCUUCGGUGUGGUAGUAUAUAACGAGAGAAAUCAUUUGUUUCUAUCAAAUGAGUUGAAAAUGUAAAUUGGCUACCGUAAAGAGUUUCAAAGCUCACGUUUCGCGCGUUAGCCCUUCGUCAGAGUAAAAAAGACAAGCCAUUUGCCAUUCGCUCUGACAAAGGGCUAACGCGCGAAACGUCAGCUUUGAAACUCUUUACGGUGGCCAAUUUACAUUAUCAACUCGGCUGAUAAAACAAAAAUUAUCUUGAAAGAUUUAGGGGCGAGCUGGAAAAGGUAGGUGCAAACCUGUGUCACUUCAGGGGGCAAACUCGCAAGGGAAGGUAGGAGAGCGAACUUGCAAUGGGGUGAAACUUCCAUAAACCGUUAGAUAUCUGUGAUCAAAUGAAAUGAUUGUAAAUUUGAAUCAUUUCCUGCAGAUUCAUAUGGCUUUUGGUCUGAUCACGUGUUGCCCUGGUGGAAACACAGAGAUGAACCUCACGUCUUAUUUCUCAAAUAUGAAGAUUUAAAGAAGGUGAGCUAUUUUCAUGCUUUACUCAUCUUUGUUUUAGUUGGACUACAAACACAUAAGAUCAACCUUCACUAGUCCGACCAUUAUAACGCGAAUCCGAGACUGUUAUCAGUAAGGGAGCGAAUACUGUGCAACCGUAAACCCCUGUAAAUAAAUAGUGAGUAGUUGCACAAGUCUAAACUUGUAAUGAUUUCCAUAAAAACACAUUUACCUUUCAGGAUCUUCGUGGUAACGUUCGACUAAUCAGCGAAUUUCUCGAGAAGCCACUUUCAGAUGAAAUGAUCCGCAAAAUCGCCCACCAGUGUACAUUUGCGGAAAUGAAGAAUAACUCCAACUCUUAUGUCAUUUCGGCAUAUGCUACAAAACCAAACUUGCUUCGCAAGGGUCAGAUUGGAGACUGGAAGAGGCUCUUCAGUGAAGAAUUAAACAAGCAAUUUGAAGAAACGUUCUUGACGAAAUUGAACGGGACAGGACUGCAUUUUGACACAGAAUAACGAACAUUGAUUGGUUUUCAACUUGAAAAUCGAUUCCUUGUAAAAUGCAUUUUAGUAAUGUAGUGCUUUUAUUUGCAAUUCUUCAAGCUAUUGCGUAGCUAAGCAAAGCAAUCUCUUUUCUGUGAAACUUCAGACGGGCACGGAUGAAGAGUAAUAUGGGUGUGGUAGAGUGACCUAAAGUUUGUACGAGGAGAGAAAACGAAAACGUUAAUCUCGUUCCCAGAUCCUACCAUUUAACUGCAACUGAAAAGUCGGACUUUACAACCACUUGGCCGUGGAGAGUCUGGAUACGAGACUACGAAAACGUAGAGGGUGGGGAGGGGGAAGAGGUUAUUGGGGAGAAAGAAAGAAAAUCUCCACCCUUCCCAUCCCCUAAAGCUUAUGAGAAGAAAUCUUUCGCCGCGGACGUCAAACAACAGUAAAUUUUUCCAGCACCAAUAGUGCCACUCCUAUGGCAGCUUCUCCAGGAUCUUGAUGAUCUUUUUUACAAACAGAACGAGAAGAACUUCAACUCCACUGAGAGCUACGAAGGCUCCUGGCGUGUAAAACGCUGGAGGGUACAGUCCGAAACUGUUCGCUACGAAUUCAGCCAACGGAAUAUCACUGAUAUCAGAAUACCGAUAAAGAUGAAAGACCAGUUCAUUUUCUAUCACCUAGGGAGGGAGGGCUGGGAGGAUCAACCCAGUCCCCCCUAAGGCUCUUUGAUAUUCUUAUGACCCCCCCUCCCUCCCCCUUACUGACAGUUAAUUGGCAGUCAACUUUCUUUAGUCCCAUCUCUUUAUACUCUGUUAGUGACGACUAAUUCCCCCCCCCCUCCUUCGUUCCCACUAAAAUCCAUACCAUCUCCUCAAGUCUUCGGCGUAGUCGGGAAAAGGGAACACAGAUGAAGACGGACUUUAAUUCGCCGCUUUCGGUGGACGGGAGCCAAUUUGGGUUCACACGAUCAAUGAGAGUAUAUCAACCCUAACAUCAGAAUGUAUAUUAUCCAUACCUUUUUCGAUACCUUUCCGUGGGAAAAAGGAAAAAACGUGCUUGGGCCAAUCCAGAAGAUUAGACUUACUGGAAAGGACGUGAAAAAAAAAAAAAAAUUACAAAUUAAAAAAUUACGGCCAGUGCGAAACCUUGCUCCAUGAAAUAAGAACAUCAUUCUUCCCCUCCUCCACUCCUUUCGUGCUUCGUCAGGAGAGGCAGACGUGGCAGAACUCAUUCAACGUAUUAAGGAGGGAGAGUGUUGCGUGACUACUUUUACAGCGGUCACGAGAAAAACAAAAGAAGGAGGGUACGUAAGUGUUGCGCAACAGUGCACACGUUACAUAUAUCUUUUACUGACGUAAUAUACAAUAGGGGCAUCUGAAAAGUCAUCGGUGACAUCCGGAAAGGCGCCAAGAAGAAUUCUAUUCACGUUUCGUAACUAAACAAUAGUGUUGUGAGGCCGAAAUGUAAGUUACACUUCACUAAUUAAAAAGUUAAGCAAUUUUCCAAAAGCUUUGACUAGCACCAUAUUAUUCAUUGUGAAAUUAAUCAACGGAGGCAUUGGGAAGGCAUCGAUGACACCGGGAAAGGCAUCAACAAGAAUGAUAUUUACGUUAUGUAACUUGUUGUGUGACGAAAGGCCUAAGAACGUGUUGCAACGGCAAAACGUAAAUAGAAUUCUUCUUGGUACCCUACUGGAUGCUAUCGAUAGCUUUUCCGAUGCUUCCAUUGUCUAUUUCAACUGGAAAAGAUUUAUGUAAAAACAGCACUUUUGAAAAUUGCUUAACAUUUUAUUUAACGAAGUGUACUGUUGACAUUUUAGCGUUACAACACGUUUGUUUUCUGCAACUAACAAUGAUCUGUCUGUAUCAGUGAAGCAUUAAAGUUGUUUCACUGCUGACCACUCGAUCGUAUUUCGGUCUUUUUCCUUCCUCAGCUCGUCGCCAGUGAUGUAGUAUCUCCCCGACGAUGUCGGAACAUUUCACAGUCAUUCAAGAAAAGGAAGGAGAGUUCUUUGGACCACGACAAGCGUUGAUUCAUGGCGUACGAUUAUCAUUUUAUGUGCCCAACAUUGAUAAAGACUUUGAGAGGGACUUGAGUCGUUUUGAAACCCGAUCAGAGGAUAUUUAUGUGGUUAGUUUUCCAAAAUCAGGUAAGGCUAUAGAUCGAGAUUGGAUCACGUUAAUUGUGGCAAGUUUAACGCGGUAAAAUCUCUACGCAGCCGACAAUUAUGAAUGCAAUCAGUCAUGGGUGAGAAGCUCGCAUAUGUUUAAAACCUAGCGAAGAAAUGCGUACAACGAAAACCAAUUUCCGUUACUGACCGAAUAAGUGCGUGAAACUGACAACAGUCACAGCCAUAUUAAGUUUCUCAGGAGGGUAAGUUUCUAUAGAAAUUUUAUUGCUGCGUCAGUGAGGGGUAUAGCAGAAUAAUUUGGUUUUAUCAACUGAGUUCAUAAUGUCGAUUGGCCAUCGUAAAGAGUUUAUAGAGCUGCCGUUUCGAAAGUUAGCCCUUCUCUCGAACGAGGGAAUCAGCUUUACGAUUAACUAGACCCUGUGAGCGGGGUAACUGGGAUACCUGGAUGGUACUGGAUCCUUGGAAUCAAGUGUAGUGAUACUACGGGUGUCGGAUUAGUAUACUGAAGUAGUGCGCUCAAGUCUGGCCAAGGGCAUACACCUAUUUCAAAACAUAGGCAUUCUAUGCAUGCAAGAGUUACUUUUUUGUAGGGUGGGUGGAUUACUUGAAACAUUGUGAGUGAUGUCUACAUUCUUACAAAAGGAGAGAAGAAUAUUAAUGUGGCAAAGAACGAAAAUGUCAAAUUACCUCACUCACAGGUAUUUUGUGGUAGAUUAUGUGUGUUUUGCAAAUAAAUGUAACCAAAAAUAAACUGUAUUGGUGCCACGGAUACCUGUCAGUACAAAAUGCAGACUGCAGAGUGGGUACAAAAUGCAGACUAAGAAUCUGAAGAGUUUUUACGUCUGGUAUAUAAUAAUAUGUCAUCUUACAGCUUACCGAGCGUCACGCAAUCGCUUUUCUGCGAUCCGCCUUCACGAUUAUUUGCACUAUUUUGGAAUAUUCCUGGCCCAUUUCUUGAUGAAAAUCGAUCGCAAUAUUAUUUCAAGCCUUCAAUAUAGUCUUCUUACUUUGCGCGCGAGUUGGUUGGUGUGAUGUCUGUACAGAUUUUACCAACGUAAUAAAAGUAGAUGACGUGAGUAACAGUGAUAGUAAAGCAAGCUUAAAACGGCAGAAAUCGCAGAAAAUACAACGGAUACACAGGGUAUGAGUAAGUUUUAUUGAUUUUACGAGAAAAAUGUUCAUAUUUCGAAAUAUGUAUCGUUGUAAAUCGACCAUACUUCGUUCCCUAUACUAUUCCUUAUAACGUGCAGUUCCUCUCGUAACUUAACACCGAGUCACACAACGCGUGACGCGUUCAUGGAUUAAUCGUUGGCUUUUUCUCGAGACUUGAGCUUGGGCCGCCUGUGACAAGACAAUUGCGUUAACAAUAUUUAACAUAAUAACAUUAUACACAAAAAAAACACAGGGUUUUGGAUCACGUAUUUAUUAAAAAAGAAUAUCCAUACAACUACAAUGAAAACAAACAUAAGAUUCACCUUUCUGAUCGUGAAAUUAAUACCAUUCGUACUGUUAUCGUAGCUACGUUCCUUGCCAUCAAGUGAAUCCAACAUGUCGUCUUUCUUCACGAACAGUUUGCAUCCAUUAUAGUUAUGUUCUUCAGUCUCACGGUAGUAGUGUUGUUCAAUAGAUUGCAUAGAGUAUAUGCAGUUUGGUUUCAGAUUUCAGAUUUUGCUUUUUACAACAAGAGAACGUUUUUCAACUAAGACAUUGGCAUACUUAGCCUACUAGGCAUUUAGGGCUUUCAUGGCUUUCAAGAGUUCGCGACUUUAUCCGUUCCAAAAUUACCGCUCAAUAACAUCUUUCAGUGUGGAUUAGCCGCGAUUAAUACGACUUCUAUAUGCGUCUGUAAGUAUUUUGCGCGUUUGCGCCAUAAUGCUCCAGGAGAUCGCAAUCCAAAUACAUUGAAAUACAAAACAACCGACCAAAGAGUUUUAUAAGCAAAAUCUCGUGAUUCGUCAUGUGACCCGGCCCUGUCUGUGCAUGACAACAUCAAUCAUUAUCAAGAUAACACGCGUGAUCAGCAUGUGAACGCCUUCACUGGAUCACAGUUAGUUGUCAUGGUGUUGAGGGAUAACACGCGUGAUCAGCAUGUGAACAUCUCAUUGGAUCACAGUUAGUUGUCAUGGUGUUGAGGGCCCAAUGACCUCUGGGUACUAUUGCGCAAUUUUCCAUUUUGUGGCGGAGGAAAAAAAAAAAAAAAAAGGGACAAAAAGCAAAGGCAUUUUCUCUUUGUCGCCGAUUUCUUUUACAGUGUAGUCUUUUGAGUGCUGAGUUAUUUAUGACUAGGGAAAAUUUCGGCAAAAGAAAACGGGAUUUUGUCCAUAAGACGUCCACAACACAUGCUAUUUUUUAAUCAUUGUUUGGUUGCAAUGUGAACUUUAAUAUAUUUUACAUAUGCAAAUAGGUAGGUUUACAGUAGACACUUGUCUCUAAAUUACCCUAAACCCCUCUGGACACAUUUAAAUCAAGAAAGGGCAAAUGUCUAUCCUUAUCACGCUCGAGGGUGGAUUGGAUCGACGGCUCUACUGAAUUAAAAUGCGAUAGGAGGCGCUCCGCUUCAAUUCCGAACACCGCAGAAAUAACAUCAUCGACAUGUCGUUUCCAGAAAAAGGGUUUAACCGGCGAAGUGGCUAAGGCCCUCAGUUGUUCCACGUCUCCAUUACCAGGUUGGCAAUGACAGCAGAGACGGGCGAACCCAUAGCUGUACCAAAAACUUGUUGAUAGUAGGUGUCGUUAUAUGCAAAUAGCGUGGUUUCGAGGCAAAAAGACAGCAGAUGAAUAAUAUCCUCCACAAGCAAAGAAGUUCUUUGUCCUAGGGAAGCAUCUUCUCUGAGUCUCUCCUCCGCAACCUUAACGGCAAGAUCAACUGGGAUUUUAGCGAAGAGCGAAACAACGUCGAAAGAUACCAAUUCUUCACAAGCGUUAAGAGUCUUAUCUCUUAUGAAAUCCUCAAAUUCGCAGGAAUUUUUGACAGUGUAAUCAGUAUUCCGAACAACAGGCGACAAAAUUUUCGCAAGACAGCCAGAAAUUGCGUAAGUCGAAGAAUUAUCAAAAGAAACAAUGGGUAUCAAAGGAAUUCCCGGUUAAUAAAUUUAAGUAAGCCAUACAAACGUGGACAUAAGCCGUCACAAAAAGGUAGCUAAUUAGUGACCAUAUGAAAGGACCUCUUGUUUGCAGCGUUUAGAUCACCCCUGAUGAAGGCACUAGACAGGAGUGUCGAAACGUUGGGUCUAUGGAUUGUAACUUCUUCGCUUACAUUCAUUAAAUUUGUAAACCAGAGAAGCAUCAAACCAUGUCUUACUGUUUAGCCAUUCUAAACCACGUGACCUCAUAGCUUAAAAGGUCCAUAGGAGAGCACGUAAAGCAGCGUAAUUUUUACAGCAAACCAAAUCACUCCGUAUAAUUGACAGAGUAGCUCAUGUUUACAACUGACCAAAUUAGUACGUGCAAGAAAUGCAAACUGCGGACAACGAGAUCUAUCUUUUCCGUUUUUUCAGGAACAACCUGGGUGCAAGAAAUUGUCUGGCAAAUACUCAACGAUGGAAAAAUCAGUGAAGAAAGGGUGGAAAGUCGCUCUCCCUUUUUGGAAAAAAGUCAGCUCUUCGAUAGGCCUGGAGACGAGUCAGACGAGCAGAAGGUCUCCGUGACUUCUCGGCCCAGUCCCCGCUUAAUUAAGUCACAUCUUCCUUAUCAUGUGAUUCCAAAGAGUAAAGAAGAGAGCAAAAGAAGCAAGUAUAUUUACGUGGCAAGAAAUCCAAGAGACGUUGCUGUUUCAUAUUAUCACUUCGUCCUAGGCUUUGGCCCUAGCAGUUACUUUAAAGGGACGUGGGAGUUCUUUGUAAAGUUGUUUCUUGAGGGCAAAAGUAAGGAUUUUAUUUGUUGGAAAUGGUUUUCGCUGUAAGCUAAGCGGAAGUUUUACGGCAUUGCGAGCUCGCCUCCUACUGUAUCUGCAAGUUCGCCACUUGAGGAAAAACAAGUUCGCUCCCACCUUUAUCAGUUCGCCCCCAAAUCUUUCAAAGGUACUAUGAUUUCGACAGCAAAACAAUGCUUUCUGCCUUAAGGAAACGUGUUGAACGAUUUAGUUUCUGAAGAAAUUGUGGGGCUGCUUUGGUAUGGUAGUAUAUAACAAGAAAGUUUAUUUAUUUUGAUGAACUGAGUUGAUAAUGUAAACUGGCCACCGUAAAGUUUCAAAGCUCACUUUUCGCACGUUAGCCCUUCGUCAGAGCAAAAGACAAACCAUUUGCCAUUCGCUCUAACAAAGGGCUAACGCGCGAAACGUCAGCUUUGAAACUCAUUACGGUACUAAUUUAUUUAUCAACUCGGUUGAUAAAACAAAAAUUAUCUUGGAAGGUCUAAGCGCGAGCUGGGAAAGGUGGGUGCAAACCUGUGUCACUUCAGGGGGCGAACUCGCAAAAGACGGUAGGAGAGCGAACUUGAAAUAGGGCGAAACUUCCAUAAACCGUUAGAUAUCUGUGAUCAAAUGAAAUGAUUGUAAAUUUGAAUCAUUUCCUGCAGAUUCAUAUGGCUUUUGGUCUGAUCACGUGCUACCCUGGUGGAAACAUAGAGGCGAACCUCACGUCUUAUUUCUCAAAUAUGAAGAUUUAAAGAAGGUGAGCUAUUUUCAUGCUUUACUCAUCUUUGUUUUAGUUGAACUACAAAUACAUAAGAUCAACCUUCACUAGUCCGACCAUUAUAACGCGAAUCCGAGACUGUUAUCAGCAAGGGAGCGAAUACUGUGCAACCAUAAAACCCCUCUAAAUAAAUAGUGAGUAGUCGCACAAGUCUAAACUUGUAAUGAUUUCCUUAAAAACCCAUUUACCUUUCAGGAUCUUUGUGGUAACGUUCGACUAAUCAGUGAAUUUCUCGAGAAGCCACUUUCAGAUGAAAUGAUCCGCAAAAUCGCCCACCAGUGUACGUUUGCGGAAAUGAAGAAAAACUCCAACUCUUAUGUCAUUUCGGCAUAUGCUACAAAACCAAACUUCCUUCGCAAGGGUCAGAUUGGAGACUGGAAGAGCCUCUUCAGUGAAGAAUUAAACAAGCAAUUUGAAGAAACGUUCUUGACGAAAUUGAACGGGACUGGACUGCAUUUUGACACAGAAUAACAAACAUUGAUUAGUAUUCAGUUUGAAAAUCGAUUCCUUGUAAAAUGCAUUUUAGUAAUGCAGUGCUUUUAUUUGCAAUUCUUCAAGCUAUUGCGUAGCUAAGUAAAGCAAUCUCUUUUCUGUGAAGACGGGCACGGAUGAAGAGUAAUAUGGGUGUGGUAGAGUGACCUAAAGUUUGUACGAGGAGAGAAAGCGAAAACGUUAAUCUGUUUCCCAGAUCCUACCAUUUAACUGCAACUGAAAAGUCGGACUUUACAACCACUUGGCCGUGGAGAGUCUGGAUACGAGACUACGAAAACGUAGAGGGUGGGGGGGGGGGGAAGAGCUUUUGGGGAGAAAGGAGGAAAAUCUCCACCCUACCCAUCCCUAAAGCUUAUGAGAAGAAAUCUUUCGCCGCGGACGUCAAACAACAGUACAACAGUGCUCCUCUUAUGGCAGCUUCUCCAGGAUCUUGAUGAUCUUGUUUUACAAACAGAACGAGAAGAACUUCAACUCCACUGAGAGCUACGAAGGCUCCUGACAUGUAAAACGCUGGAGGGUACAGUCCGAAACUGUUCGCUACGAAUUCAGCCGACGGAAUAUCACUGGUAUCAGAAUACCGAUGUAGAUGAAAGACCAGUUCAUUUUCUAUCACCUAGGGAGGGAAGGCUGGGAGGAUUUUGGUCGUGUCACGAUAAAAUCAACCCAGUCCCCCCCAAGGCUCUUUGAUAUUCUUAUGACCCCCCUCCCUCCCUCUCCCUUACUGACAGUUAAUUGGCAGUCAACUUUCUUUAGUCCCAUCUCUUUAUACUCUGUUAGUGACGACUAAUUCCCUGCCCCCCCCUUCGUUCCCACCAAAAUCCAUACCAUCUCCUCAAGUCUUCGGCGUAGUUGGAAAAGGGAACACAGAUGAAGACGGACUUUUAUUCGCCGCUUUCGGUGGACGGGAGUGUAAAAUUGGUGAAUUGACAGACCAGAUGGUGGGAUACAACUUAACAACAAAACAAACACCUCCUGAUGGAGUGUUUGUGCCAAAAGGUAAACAAUGACAGUAUCAGAAUCUAAUCUGUCCUUAUUUAUUGAUGUCAUUGCAAUGUCAAAGUAGGUUUAGUCUGGGUACUAGACAAUUAUGAAUAGACAGUCAUAAUAGUAGACAUAGAAUGUAACGUAAAAGUCACGCUGUGGCGCCUGUCAGUCUCGUAUUCAUGUAACAGGUGCGUCGUUGGGGAUUGUUUUGGCUACGCAGCUGAGUUUACAUAUAUUGUUGGGUCAGUAAAUAAAUCUCUGUUGAGUUUUUUUCACUUCUCACUCAUAUUUUGGACAUGGAACAAUGCCAUACGCUACACUAUAUGCAACAUCUCUUUUCUCGAUUGUCGAUUUCGGAAAAAUGAAAAGCUAACUAACUCUACAAAAAUUUCGUUCUCGAUUUCUAUAUUUUUAGAGUCAUUAAUAAGUUUGUAUCCACAGCCUAAGAUAAGAAAUUUAAAAUUUCCAUCAGCUGUAGUUCUUUUAUCGUUUAUUGUAUAUAUUCAAUUGCACCCAUUUCACGUGAAAAAAAGGCAAGUAGGAAAACACUGAGCUUCGAGAAACAGCCAAUUUAAGGUUAAUGUGUUUACCAUGCUUAAAUAUUUAUAAUCAAGGCCACUCGCUUAUGGAGACCUUUUUUUAAAAGAUCUAGACGUUAAAAUAAUUCUGUUUUCUGUUCGAAGUGUGUUUUUUCUGACUCAAUUUAACAAAUGCCCUCGGGAUGAAAACUUAACGUCCGAACCGAUCUGCAAGUGAAAUGUUGUGUAAACGUUCCCGCGAAAGGUACUGCACCCAGACAACUUACAUGGAAAAAACUGGCCUCAGCUAUCGUACCUAAUUUUUUUUAAAAAAUGUUUAAAACUAAACUAGAGAGCAGCACUGCGAACAGCAGUUGUAAAGUUUUUUAUUCUCCGACGCGUUUCCUCUAACUGUCGUAGACUUCCUCAGGGAGUUUUACAAGUUAAUACUAAACGCCUGUAUUAAUAAGCCAUAGUUAGUGGCUAUACGGGAGCCAAUGACCAUAAACGCUUGGCCAGACUUACGAAAGGAACAGGCGAAGUUGCGAAAAAUUUGAACAUUUUUUGGGGCAAAGUGGGAGAAUUAUUUGGGGGCCACGGUUUUGGUUUUCUUUUUUUCGUCACCAACGCCACACAGCAAGUUACAAAACGUAAAUAUAAUUCUUUUUGGUGCCUUUCUGGGUGCCACCGAUGCCUUUUCCGAUACCUCCAUUGUUUAUUACAGUAGUAAAAGAUAUAUGUGCAAUCAGCACUUUUGAAAUAUUGCUUAACAUUUCAUUUAGCAGAGUACACUGUUAACGUUUCGGCUUUAUAAGACCUUUGUUUUCCGCAACUAUAAUUGAUAUGUCUCUACAUGAUGUAUUAAACUUGUUUACCCGCUGACCACUCGUAUUUCAUUUUUCAUAACAGUUAUUCUUCCCCCGCUCGUCGCCCGUGAUGUAGCAACUCUCGAAAUGGUUUAGCGUGACGACAAAUGGUUUAGUAAAAACCGAAAUGGUUUAGUGUUACAGCAGUUGGUUUAAGCUGUAACCGCCAAAAAUAUAAAAGUGAAAUGGACAAAUCAAGCUUGAAAUGAAACAGUUUAUGUGGAGUCUUACGUAACAACCCUUACGUCAUUCAGAUCGAAUUUGGCGCCAAAUUCGCCAGAACGAUCGCGUUAAUGAGGUAUUCGCCACGUCGUCCACUCGACGUUCAACACAGGAAGAAAUUAUUUCUGUAGCCUCGUCUACUAGACUCAGCGAGCCUUAUUCCGGUAAUAGUCAUUUUUUAUGUUUGCCUAUUUUCGCUUGUUAGCGAAUAAAUUUAUGCCCUCGUCAUCUUACCGCAAUAUCAGAAAGUAAAUGAUAUUUCGGAUGAAACCGUUUUCAGUAGCUUAAUAAUCAGUUAGUAAAAAUGAAAGUAAACUUAAGUUUAUAUUUCACAAUAAAGUCUCUUCUUAUUGUUUCAAACCAUACGUUUUUUAAUCUCCAAUUGUUAUAGUUUGUUAAAAUUAAGGAAAGCCGCAGCUAUCGGAAAUUUUAUCCUGAGGUCGUAAAGUUUCUAAUAGUUGCGGCUUAACCAUGUUGGGAGUUCAAAUUGCCAUUAGUCAGUUUCAAAUUGUUCUUUUCAGUUUCUUACCGUGAAAACUGCCGUUCUUUGAAUAGAUAAUUCUUACCGUGGUUAUUCCUAACCACGGUAAGAAUUCUCCAUUUUACUACCUCAAGAUAAUAUCAGAAUCUGAAACAAAAGGAAUGACAAAAAUACAGAUAGAAUGCAUCAUUUUACGCGACAGUACACUUACAGUCUAGACAGUCAGAACCAUAGCUAGAAAACGUGAUAAAGCGAUUUAUUAUUUUAAGACGACGAAACUACAACUAAAGGGCGCCUAAAAACUAUAAAACUAUAUAGUUAAAAACUACAUAGUUAUAUAUAGUUUAUAGAGAAAACUGCUGUACUUUAAAUGGAGAAUUCUUACUAUGGUUAGGCGUGACGGUAUCCGCCGCUUUCGCCCCCUAUCGAGUUCGCCCCUUCGAGUUCGCCCCUACCUUAUACCGUGUUCGCCCCCACACUUUUCAAGUUCGACCCCAUCAAGUCGAGUUCGCCCCUUGAUUGAGUGAUAUCCAGAUGAGUUGAUUCGUAAGUUGAUGAGUAAAUUCUUCAGUCUUAAUUUUAUAACUAAAGCUAAACGGGUACAAGUCUAACAACUUAAGCAAUGCUGUCGCGAUGAAAGCGUGGUUUGCAUCUUCUCAAGUCUGGUUGUUACGAUCACCACAUUUCGUGUUCGUUAAAUAAACCGUGUGGUUCUCUUUAUCACAAGUUCAGUGUAUACAGUUAUUUCUGGUAACCCCAGAUCCCACGCAGAGUAUUUAGUUGAUUCCGUCAACCCAGUUCCCAAGCAGGUUCCACGCAAUUGCCGAAAUUCCAAAUGGUCGUCGCUGACGUGACAUUUGGCACAUUCUGCUAGUGCCUUCGUCACAAAUCAACUCAUCUGGAUGUCACUCAAUCAAGGGGCGAACUCAACUUGAUGGGGUCGAACUCGAAAAGUGUGGGGGCGAACACGGCAUAAAGUGGGGGCGAACUCGAAGGGGCGAACUCGAUAGGGGGCGAACGCGGUGCAAUUCGGCGUGACCAUGGUAAUGUUAAACGAUAAAGAUAGAACUAUAUUUAACCUGAAAUAUCGUAAAGGCUUCCUUACAUUGGUGUUGGGAAAAAGAAUGGAAAUAUUAUAUUACUUUAAGCCAUUCGAUACAAAAAUUAUAAUAAGACAGGUUGAUUAUUUCUUAGGUAUCCGCCGCUUUCGCCCCCUAUCGAGUUCGCCCCUUCGAGUUCGCCCCUACCUUAUACCGUGUUCGCCCCCACACUUUUCGAGUUCGACCCCACCAAGUCGAGUUCGCCCCCGGAUUGAGUCAUGUCUAAAUUAGUUGCUAUCGAACAUUGCAAACAAGUUAGAACCAAGACAAGAUUUGAAUUUUAAUUGACCGACGCAUUCUCUCAAGACGUGACAUUUGGAACAUUCUGCUAGUGCCUUCGUCACAAAUCAACUCAUCUGAAUAUCACUCAAUCAAGGGGCGAACUCGACUUGAUGGGGUCGAACUCGAAAAGUGUGGGGGCGAACACGGCUUAAGGUAGGGGCGAACUCGAAGGGUGAACUCGAUAGGGGGCGAACGCGGUGCAAUUCAUUUCUUAUUCCUUUUGGCGGUCUCAUCUAAGUACAAUUUCUUUCACCUUUUUCUUAUUGCGGUUGUGAAUUUGGUACGGAAACAGUUGCUCCGUUUCUACGGUGAUUAAAUCUUGUACUAUUUUGUGAUAAGCUAUGUUUUUAGUUAUGUAAAUUUUCUAGUUGUAAAUCUUUCUGGUAAAAGUUAACCUCCCACACUCCUGCUUCUUAUACAAAUUCUUAGUCAAAUUCUUAGUCAAAUUCACGAUUCCAGAAUAUUUCUUAAAUUUUUAAAUUAACACCUUCAACACCUCUUCUUAAAAGGUGACUCUGAUUGUAAAUAGCUUAUGCUUUUUCAUCUCCGCACUGAAUUUGUAAUUAUAUAACUUAUGCGAAUAGCGCGUAGUUUUCUUGGGGGCGGUACCUUAAGUACGCCCCUUCUUCUCCGAAUUUUCUGUUUACUCUGUUGUUAUAUAACAAUCUUCUAAGGCUAUUUUCUCGUAAAAUAUCUUUUCAAGCGUAAUUUCAAUUCUGCCAAUAGGUUAAUUAUAAUUUUUAUAUUAUCAAUCUUGUCUUUGUUCUGGUCGAUCCUAACCGUAAAAUUAAGAAAUCUAAGGUAGAAGAUGAUUUUGUGAUUGCGUAAACAACUCAAAGGCGCAUACUUAGUAUGCAGGAACUGCCGUAGGUACUCUAACGUGAUUCGCUGGCUGAAACGGAGCGAUCGCGAUGUAAGAAGAUUGACAGCUUAGAAGUGUCAUCUUUGGUGUUUUCAUUUCACCAAAGGCGACAUGUCCAUUAGUAUUAUAAAAAAAUUUCUUGUGAUAAGAUAAACCGUUCUCGAAGAGACAAUUAGACCAUUUCUGUUCAUUACAAACCAUUUGUUAUUAUAAGUAAGUGUUGCGCAGUAGUGUAGACGUUACAAACCAAUGAUGUCGGAACGUUUCACAGUCAUCCAAGAGAAUGAAGGAGAGUUCUUUGGACCACGACAAGUGCUUAUUCGUGGCGUACGAUUAACAAUCAACGCGCCCAGCACUGGUAAGGAUCUUGAGAGGGAUCUGAGUCGUUUUGAAACCCGUUCAGACGAUGUCUAUGUGGUCAGUUUUCCAAAAUCAGGUAAGGCUAUAGAUCGAUUCUUUCGACUGGCUACUUUGCUUCACUUCGUCGCCGAUAUCUUUUACACUGCUGUCUUUUGAGUGCUGACUUAUUUGUGAAUAGGGACAAUUUCGACAACAAAAAAAAAACGAAAUUUUGUCCAUAAGACGUCCGCAACACAUGCCAUUUUUGAAUAAUUGUUUGGUUGCCGUGUGAACUUUAGAGGGCAUGUAAACCCUAAAAACGUUAAUUUUAGAGAAUGAUAUAUUUUCGUCUUGUCACGAGCGUGGGACAAAGAAAUAAUUCUGAGUCCCCAUGAGGAAUCGAACCUCAGACCUUCGGAUUCCGUGCUCCAAUGUUCUAUCACUAAGCCAUAGAGACUACACGGUGUGCGAGGUCUGUUACGAAGUACAUAUGACACAUGUCCUGCAUACUGCUAGGAUCAGCAAUAUCGAUAGCAUAAUGUUUGUAGACAGAAAUAAGAGAGAUGGUAAGUUUUGAGCUCGGUAAAGAAAUAGAGAUUGAUGCUUUUUUCGUCUUCUCACGAGCGUGGGACAAAGUUUUUCUUUUCACAUAGAUGUUUAGUAAAUAUAUCAAGUACACCAAAGGUACCAUUCGUUUUUUUCUGAAAAGUCCAUUUUCACUUUGUAAAAGCUCUUGAAAAUUCGAAACAUUCGCCAUCUUAAAUGGCGCCAUCUUUCCUGUGACCUGAGGGGUGGAACCUCCAAAGUUACAUUUUAUAACCGCAUGAGACACGUAGGAGUCUUCUCCACAGCCAUUGUUUGCCGUUCUAGUCAUGAGUUUUUACUAACAGUUUGCUUCAAUAUAUUCAAUGUUUUCAUAAUGGUAGAAAGUUGUAUCGUCCAGUUUUGUACUGAUUCAAACAAAACUGGGCAUACAAUGCAUAGAUUUCCAAAUGACACAAAUUUGAAGCGACAGUUGGUGAACUUUGUUCAGGUGAAAAAAAAGAUUUCUAUUGCAUUUCGAUUGUACUCUUGCUUUAUUGGAUUUUCAUGUCAGAUACAAAUAAAUCAUACAGUAAAUUAAAUACCCGUCUGAGUUUCCGAAACGGUAACAUCGCUGUCAACAUGUUCUCUACAGUCCUUGUGCGAAUCCCUUCGGUGAACCCUACGCGACUCAUAUGUUAAGGACGUGGCCGAGACUCUCCUAAAGAUUCUGGAUUAUCCCCAUCGCUGUCAUAUACUAGGUUUAAGGCAUUCGUGUCACUCUCUUCUGAAAAAACAUCGUCCAAACUACUGCUACUAAUACGUGCUGCAAUACCAAUCUUCCUGUGGAAUAUGUGUUGCGCAAUAUUUUAGUUCCAACGCUUACUUCAUAAGUGUUUUCACGGGAAGUGGAAUUUCUCCCUAAUAUAAGUCGAAUUGGACAAAACAAAUCUCAAAUUCGUUUUCUAUGCCACUUUUUCAUAGUAUAUGAAAAACAUGUAUUUUUGGGUUUACAUGCCCUUUAAUAUAUUACAUUGUUUAGCCAUUUCAAACCACGGACCUCAUAGCUUAAAAGGUCCGUAGGGAGAGUACGUAAAACAACGUAAUUUUUUACAGCAAACCAAAUCACUACGUAUAACUGACAGAGUAGCUCAUGUUUACAACCAAAUACGAUCAAAUUAAAGCGUGCAAGAAAUGCAAACUGCGGACAAUGAGAUCUAUCCUUGAACUAAACUUUCUUUCCUUUUUUUCAGGAACAACCUGGGUGCAAGAAAUUGUCUGGCAAAUAUUCAAUGAUGGAAAAAUCAGCGAAGAAAGUGUACAAAGUCGUUAUCUCAAUUUGGAAAAAAGUCAGCUCUUCGAUAGGCCUGGAGACGAGUCAGACCGGCAGAAGGUGUCCGUGACUUCUCGGCCCAGUCCCCGCUUAAUUAAGUCGCAUCUUCCUUAUCAUGUGAUUCCAAUGAGUAAAGAGGAGGUCAAAAGAAGCAAGUAUAUUUACGUGGCAAGAAAUCCAAAGGACGUUGCUGUUUCAUAUUAUCACUUCGUCCUUAGCUUUGGCCCUGGUAGUUACUUUAAUGGGACAUGGGAGUUCUUUGCAAAGUUGUUUCUUGAGGGCAAAAGUAAGGAUUUUUAUUUGUUGAAAAUGGUUUUCGCUGUAAGCUAAGCGGAAGUUUGACAGCAUUGCAAGCUGGCCUCCUACCGUCUGCAAGUUCGCCACCUGAGGAAAAACAAGUUCGCUCCCACCUUUACCAGUCAGGUCGCCCCCAAAUCUUUGAACGGUAUCGUGAUUUCGACAGCAAAAGAAUACGUUCUGCCUCAGGGGGGGAGGGGGAGGAGUGGUGGGCGGCGGGUAAGUUUCUAAAGAAACUGUGGGACUGUCCCAGUGGGGAAGUAUAACAAAAGAAUUGAUCUGUUUUUAUCAACUGAGUUGAUAAUGUUACCCUGUGAAGAGUUUCAAAUCUCACGUUUCGGGCGUUAGCCCUUCGUCAGAGCGAAUGAUAAAUGGCGAGUGAUUUGCUCUGACGAAACGUCUGCUUUGAAACUCUUUACGGUAACCAAUUUGCGUCAUCAACUCGGUUGAUGAAACCAAAAUUAUCUUGAAAGGUUUAGGGGCGAGCUGAGGAAGGUGGGUGCGAACUUGUUUCACUUCUCGGGGCAAACUCGCAAAGGAGGUAGGAGAGCGAACUUCCAAUGGGGCGAAACCUCCAUAAACCGUUAGAUAUCUGUGAUCAAAUGAAAUGAUUGUAAAUUUGAAUAAUUUCCUGCAGAUUCAUAUGGCUUUUGGCCUGAUCAUGUGCUACCCUGGUGGAAACACAGAGACGAACCUCACGUCUUAUUUCUCAAAUAUGAAGAUUUAAAGAAGGUGAACUAUUUUCAUGUUUUACUCAUCAGUGUUUUAGUAGAACUACAAGUACACAAGAUAUAUUUAAUAGUCCGACGAUUGUAAGGCGAAUCCGAGUCUGUUAUCAGGAAGGGAGCGGAGAUUGUGCAACCAUAAAACCCCUCUAAAUAAAUAGCGAGUAGUUGCACAAGUCUAAACUUUUAAUGAUUUCCAUAAAAAUCCAUUUACGUUUCAGGAUCUUUGUGGUAACGUUCGACUAAUCAGCGAAUUUCUCGAGAAGCCACUUUCAGAUGAAAUGAUCCGUAAAAUCGCCCACCAGUGUACGUUUGCGGAAAUGAAGAAAAACUCCAACUCUUAUGUCUUAUCGGCAUUUACUGCAAAACCAAACUUCCUUCGCAAGGGUCAGAUUGGAGACUGGAAAAACAUCUUCAGUGAAGAAUUAAACAAGCAGUUUGAAGAAACGUUCUUGACGAAAUUGGACGGGACUGGACUGCAUUUUGACACAGAAUAA